AUUUCUCAUUGGAGAUCAUACCGGCAUGAAUUAUUAUUGUACCUGGAACACUUCCUUCAGGCUCUUAUUAAAGGAUGCCAUUUCUUUCCUCCUUCAAACAGAACUGAAACAAUGUGGAAAAGUUUUGUCUCCUGUUUGAUGGAACAAGGAUUAAUAUCUGCAGGAACCGAAGACUCUGCAUCUUGUCAAUAUUUAAUAGAUUUCAUUCCACCCAGGCCAAUAUAUUUUAUUUUAGAUGACAACUUUUAUUAUCGCAGCAUGAGAUAUGAAGUGUACCAGUUAGCUCGCCAGUAUUUGUUGGGCUUCUGUCAAUUGUUUCUAGACAGCAACGUUGAAGUUUGUUUACAGAGGAAUUCUCAGAGAGAGAGGCCAUUACCUGAGGAAACAAUAUUUGCAAUGGCACAAAAGCUGGAAUGUCCAAAUCCCCAAAAAUACACGUGGGAGCAAAAUAGCCUUAUUCUGAAAAGUGCUGAAUGUUCAUUAGAAGAUAAUCUACAGGUGUUUAAUUUGUUAUCUUCUGCUUUGGAAAAUCCAGUAAAACCCAUAGAAGAGCAUACAGAAGAAAAG